AUGCGGGAAUACAAGUUAGUUGUGCUAGGAAGUGGUGGAGUUGGGAAGAGUGCUCUCACUGUACAGUUUGUACAAGGGAUUUUCGCCGAAAAAUAUGACCCAACUAUCGAAGACAGCUAUCGAAAACAGGUUGAAAUCGAUUCUCAACAAUGCAUGCUAGAGAUUUUAGACACAGCAGGAACUGAGCAAUUUACGGCGAUGAGAGAUCUCUACAUGAAAAAUGGACAGGGGUUCCUCCUUGUUUAUUCCAUUACAUCUCAGUCUACUUUCAACGAUCUUAGCGAACUUCGGGAACAAAUUCUCCGCGUCAAAGAUGUUGAUGAGUUUCCCUUAGUUCUGGUUGGUAAUAAGUGUGAUUUGGAAGACGAGAGAAGUGUUGGUAAAGAGCAAGGACAAAACUUAGCCAAUGAAUGGAAGUGUCAAUUCAUGGAAACUAGUGCUAAAGCUAAACUCAAUGUUAAUCAGAUAUUUCACGAUCUUGUCAGGCAAAUUAAUGCGAAGACACCUGAUCCUGCUUCGAAAUCAUCAAAGAAAUCAAAAUGCUGUUGUCUCUGA